CACUCUCUUUCUCUCUCCCUCUGGCAUGCAUGCUGCUGGUAGGAGACCCCAGGUCAACAUUGCUUCAGAAAUCCUUUAGCACUCAUUUCUCAGGAGAACUUAUGGCUUCAGAAUCACAGCUCGGUUUUUAAGAUGGACAUAACCUGUACAACCUUCUGAUGGGCUUUCAACUUCGAACUGGAUGUGGACACUUUACUCUCAGAUGACAGAAUUACUCCAACUUCCCCUUUGCAGUUGCUUCCUUUCCUUGAAGGUAGCUGUAUCUUGUUUUCUUUAAAAAGCUUUUUCUUCCAAAGCCACUUGCCAUGCCGACCGUCAUUAGUGCAUCUGUGGCUCCAAGGACAGCGGCUGAGCCAAGGUCCCCAGGGCCAGUUCCUCACCCGGCCCAGAGCAAGACCACCGAGGCGGGGGGUGGAAACCCAAGUGGCAUCUAUUCAGCCAUCAUCAGCCGCAAUUUUCCUAUUAUCGGAGUGAAAGAGAAGACAUUUGAGCAGCUUCACAAGAAAUGUCUAGAAAAGAAAGUUCUUUAUGUGGACCCUGAGUUCCCACCGGAUGAGACCUCUCUCUUUUAUAGCCAGAAGUUCCCCAUCCAGUUCAUCUGGAAGAGACCUCCGGAAAUUUGCGAGAAUCCCCGAUUUAUCAUUGAUGGAGCCAACAGAACUGACAUCUGUCAAGGAGAUCUAGGGGACUGUUGGUUUCUCGCGGCCAUUGCCUGCCUGACCCUGAACCAGCACCUUCUUUUCCGAGUCAUACCACAUGAUCAAAGUUUCAUCGAAAACUACGCAGGGAUCUUCCACUUCCAGUUCUGGCGCUAUGGAGAGUGGGUGGACGUAGUUAUUGAUGACUGCCUGCCAACGUACAACAAUCAACUGGUUUUCACCAAGUCCAACCACCGCAAUGAGUUCUGGAGCGCUCUGCUGGAGAAAGCUUAUGCUAAGCUCCAUGGUUCCUACGAAGCUCUGAAAGGUGGGAACACCACAGAGGCCAUGGAGGACUUCACAGGAGGGGUGACAGAGUUUUUUGAGAUCAGGGACGCUCCUAGUGACAUGUACAAGAUCAUGAAGAAAGCCAUCGAGAGAGGCUCCCUCAUGGGCUGCUCCAUUGAUGAUGGCACGAACAUGACCUAUGGAACCUCUCCUUCUGGUCUGAACAUGGGAGAGCUGAUUGCACGGAUGGUGAGGAAUAUGGAUAACUCGCUGUUCCGGGACUCAGACCUCGACCCCAGAGGCUCAGUUGAAAGACCGACCCGGACAAUUGUUCCAGUUCAGUAUGAGACAAGAAUGGCCUGUGGGCUGGUCAGAGGUCACGCCUACUCUGUCACGGGGCUGGAUGAGGUCCUGUUCAAAGGUGAGAAAGUGAAGCUGGUGCGGCUGCGGAAUCCCUGGGGCCAGGUGGAGUGGAACGGCUCUUGGAGUGAUGGUUGGAAGGACUGGAGCUUUGUGGACAAAGAUGAGACGGCCCGUCUGCAGCACCAGGUCACUGAGGAUGGAGAGUUCUGGAUGUCCUAUGAGGAUUUCAUCUACCAUUUCACAAAGUUGGAGAUCUGCAACCUCACGGCCGACGCUCUGCAGUCUGACAAGCUUCAGACCUGGACAGUGUCUGUGAACGAGGGCCGCUGGGUGCGGGGUUGCUCAGCCGGAGGCUGCCGCAACUUCCCAGAUACUUUCUGGACCAACCCUCAGUACCGUCUGAAGCUCCUGGAGGAGGACGAUGACCCUGACGACUCGGAGGUGAUUUGCAGUUUCCUGGUGGCGCUGAUGCAGAAGAACCGGCGCAAGGACCGGAAGCUAGGGGCCAAUCUCUUCACCAUCGGCUUCGCCAUCUACGAGGUUCCCAAAGAGAUGCAUGGGAACAAGCAGCACCUGCAGAAGGACUUCUUCCUGUACAACGCCUCCAAGGCCAGGAGCAAAACCUACAUCAACAUGCGGGAGGUGUCCCAGCGCUUCCGCCUGCCUCCCAGCGAGUAUGUCAUCGUGCCCUCCACCUACGAGCCCCACCAGGAGGGGGAAUUCAUCCUCCGGGUCUUCUCUGAAAAGAGGAAUCUCUCCGAGGAAGUUGAAAAUACAAUCUCCGUGGAUCGGCCAGUGCCCAUCAUCUUCGUGUCGGACAGAGCAAACAGCAACAAGGAGCUGGGUGUGGACCAGGAGUCAGAGGAGGGCAAAGGCAAAACAAGCCCUGAUAAGCAAGAGCAGUCCCCACAGCCACAGCCUGGCAGCUCUGACCAGGAAAGUGAGGAACAGCGACAAUUCCGGAACAUUUUCAAGCAGAUAGCAGGAGACGACAUGGAAAUCUGUGCAGAUGAGCUCAAGAAGGUCCUUAACACAGUCGUGAACAAACACAAGGACCUGAAGACACACGGGUUCACACUGGAGUCCUGCCGUAGCAUGAUUGCCCUCAUGGAUACAGAUGGCUCUGGGAAGCUCAACCUGCAAGAGUUCCACCACCUCUGGAACAAGAUUAAGGCCUGGCAGAAAAUUUUCAAACACUAUGACACAGACCAGUCUGGCACCAUUAACAGCUACGAGAUGCGAAAUGCAGUCAACGACGCAGGAUUCCGCCUCAACAACCAGCUCUACGACAUCAUUACCAUGCGGUACGCAGACAAACACAUGAACAUCGACUUCGACAGUUUCAUCUGCUGCUUCGUCAGGCUGGAGGGCAUGUUCAGAGCUUUUCAUGCAUUUGACAAGGAUGGAGACGGUAUCAUCAAACUCAACGUUCUGGAGUGGCUGCAGCUCACCAUGUAUGCCUGAACCAGGCUGGCCUCAUCCAAAGCCAUGCAGGAUCACUCAGGAUUUCCAUCUCGCCCUCUAUUUCCAAAGCCACUUACCUCAAAAGACCCAGCAGCUGCACCCCUGCAGUCCUCCAGGCACCUCAUCAGUCCUGUUCCUCCUCCAUUUUACCCCCUCCUCAUUCCUGAUCAGUCAUGCCUAGCCUGGCCCUUUAGUAAAGCAAUGAGGUAGGAAGAGCAAACCCUUGUCUCUCUACCGUGUGGAGGAAAGUGCCUGCCUCUGGUCCGAGCCGCUUUGGUUCUGAAGUGAGUGCUCCUGCUUAGCUUGCUCUAGGCUGUCUGCAGAGGCACCUGCCGGUGGCACUCAGCACCCCCUUGUGCUAGAGCCCUCCACCAUCUUCACGCUCUCCCACCAUGGGCCAGGAACCAAACCAGCACUGGGUUCUGCCUGGUUAUUUCAGGAGAGGCCUGCUGUGGGGUAAACUAACUCAGUGGAAUAGGGCUGGUUACUUUGGGCUGUCUGACUCGUAAGUUUGGCUGCAUUUUGAAAAAACUGAUCUAAAUAAAGGCAUGUGUAUGGCUGGUC